AUGAUUUGGCUCGUGACCCUCCAGCACAGUGCUCCGCAGGACCUGUUGGAGAUGACAGUAAGUCUCCUCAACCACUCAACACCACCACCCACAGUUCACCGUCCAAAGCACAUCUCUAACACCACCUAUUUCAUUCAAUGUUCUUGAUAAGAUUAUAUCUUUGUUAAUCAUAGAAAACAGGAUUUGACUCCAAAAGAAAACUGUUGGCAAUGAAAUGUAGCCUGUAGAUACAAGCCAAUAAUGAUUGAUGACCAGUGGUCUUCUGCAUCUUGGCACGAAAAUCUAAUUUAAACAAUGUACUUUAUAAAGGUGCUUAUAGUGUAUUAAAAGUGUUUUCUCUCUUACUUAGUGUUUCACUGGCAGGCUACAAUAAUGGGACCAGUAAGUAUACCCUCCUGUUCUUUGUAGUUUAGGGGUUCACAGCUUUUGCUCUGGGUCAUGUAGUAGUAACCAUCUAUUUUCCUUUCUACAGAAUGACAGUCCGUAUCAGGGUGGUGUGUUCUUCUUGACCAUUCACUUCCCCACUGACUAUCCCUUCAAACCACCAAAAGUAAGGGAUGUGUCCUGGAACUCAGCUAUACAUUAGAAAAGUGUUGGCAGACUUUUAAUGGAGCUAUGAACUAGACCUAUAUUGAUGGAAAUAAUAAUAAUUCACAACGGUUUGUUUUCAGUACAUGAGAUGUAACUGACAACCAAUUCUGUCCCGUCAGUGUGCUAAAGGAGAUGAUGUAAAUGCAAUACAUUUGUGAGAUACAGUAAAAACAAUGUGUCCUCUAAAGGUUGCAUUCACCACAAGAAUCUACCACCCAAACAUCAACAGCAAUGGCAGCAUCUGCUUGGACAUCCUGAGGUCGCAGUGGUCGCCAGCACUCACCAUCUCCAAAGGUAAGCCCAGAAUGGGGCUCUUGGUUUAUGUUUUGUAUGUGGGUCUAGAACAUUUGUUUUGGGUAGUUUAAACCAGCAUGGUUUUGAAUUUUUCACAACAGAUUCUGGUAAGUACACUACAUGACCAAAAGUAUGUGGAAACCUGCUAGUCAAAUAUCUCAUUCCAAAAUCAUGGGCAUUAAUAUGGAGUUGGUCCCCCCUUUUCUGCUAUAACAGCCUCCACUCUUCAGGGAAGGCUUUACACUAGAUGUUGGAACAUUGCUGCGGGAACUUGCUUCCAUUCAGCCACAAGCAUUAGUGAGGUCGGGCACGGAUGUUGGGAGAUUAGGCCUGGCUCGCAAUCAGCGUUCCAAUUCAUCCCAAAGAUGUUCGAUGGAGUUGAGGUCAGGGCUCUGUGCAGGCCAGUCAAGUUCUUCCACACCGAUCUCGACAAACCAUUUCUGUAUGGACCUCGCUUUGUGCACGGGGGCAUUGUCAUGCUGAAACAGAAAAGGGCAUACCCCAAACUCUUGCCACAAAGUUGGAAGCACUAUGCAUUGAUACAGGUAUCGUUGUCCUGGAAUCCGCCAAACCCAGAUUUGUCAGUCGGACUGCCAGAUGGUGAAGUAUGAUUCAUCACUCCAGAGAACGCGUUUCCACUGCUCCAGAGUCCAAUGGCGGCGAGCUAUACACCACUCCAGCUGACGCUUUGCAUUGUGCAUGGUGAUCUUAGGCUUGUGUGCAGCUGCUCUGCCAUGGAAAAGUUAUUGUGCUCGUUAGUGAGUCUUGUAACCAAGGAAAUGUUUGCCCUGCUUGAGCUGCCUUGGUCAACUGUAAGUGCUGUUAUUGUGAAAUGGAAACUUCUAGGAGCAACAACUGCUCAGCCGCGAAGUGGUAGGCACUUACAGUUAAAAAUCAUCGGUCCUCUUUUGCAACACUCUAAACUGCAGUCUAAUGGCCUUACUGACUUACUGAAGAGCUCAGUAACUUUCAACGUGUCACUGUCAUAGGAUGCCACCUUUCCAACAAGUCACUUUGUCAAAUGUAAUUAGUGCCAAUGUUUGUCUAUGGAGAUUGCAUGUAUGUGUGCUCAAUUUUAUACACCUGUCAGAAACGGGUGUGGCUGAAAUAGCCGAAUCUACUAAUUUGGAGGGUUGUCCACAUACUUUUGUAUAUAUAGUGUAUGUCCCAAACUAUGCUCAUUAACAGGUCAGAGAUGUACAUUGAUUGUCACAGUAGAUUGUCAGAACUGUGUUGACUCUGUUGUCUGUCAUCCUACAGUCCUCCUGUCCAUCUGCUCACUUCUCUGUGACCCAAACCCAGAUGACCCUCUAGUGCCUGAGAUCGCACGCAUCUACAAGACAGACAGGGAAAAGUAGGUCUUACACAGUUUCAAUAUUCCAUUUUUUGGGGGGGGAACAACCUGUCUGCUACAAGGAUAACGAUUUUUUAUUUUUUAUCCUCCUGUCAUUCCAGAUACAACAGAAUAGCCCGGGAAUGGACACAGAAAUAUGCUAUGUAG